AUGUGGUUGUUUGAAACACAGAUUAAGGUUAAUCCUAAGAAUUUUGCAGGUCAAUUUUCCACAAAUCAAUACUCAACUUUGAUGGUUGAGUUUAGGCUUGUGGGAAAGGUUACGUUUGAUUUGCAAGUUUCAAACAACUAUCUUAAGGAUGAGGGGAAUAGAAAGGGAAUUAGCAGAUUUGAUUUUAUAUUUGAGGGUGAAAUUGUAAAGAAUUCAAUUGAUUCUGUAAAGAUUACAUUUAGAUAUCCAGACGGACUGAAUAAUGUAGUGUCAAAUUCUGUGGAUUUUAUGUGUUCAGAUUAUGGUUGGCAUUCAAUUCAUGGAAAGAGGGAAGCAACUUUGACCAGCGUCAGUUAUGAAAUGCCAAUGUCAACCUUUACUGCAGUUCACAACAAAUUCAUUUUGGGUGUCUAUGCUGAUCUCUUGCCAUCUGAAUUAAGAUUUGGGGAAAAAAUUGAAAUAUGUGGUCCAAGAUUUAUCGAAACACAGACAACAGAAGGAAAACUUGAGCUGUCCAUUCCACAGAAACCACUUCAAAAUCCAGGAUUUUCCAAUCAAUUUGAAACCAAUCCUGUCAUUCAAUUUUACAAUUGA